AUCAGUUAUCAAAAUCACUUCGUAAAGUUCAUUGCUGCAAGUCGGUAAGCUAUGGUAUUGGACAAGUUUUUCAUCAGUUUAGACAAUGACGUAAUUGUCUACUUUCCUGGACAAGAAAUUACAGGAUAUGUACACGUUUGGAACAGUGAAUCCAAGAAUGUGAAAGGUAUUUACCUCGAGUGCCGCGGCCUUGCGCAAGUGUCUUUCUCAAGAACGGAGCAAGAAAUGAGAACCGUUUACCGAAAUGGGCGAUCACACACGGACGUCAUAAACAAAACGGUCCACUAUUCAUCCAAGGAAAAUUACUUCCAUCACCGAGUAACGAUCAGCACAGGAAAUGGCCAGGUGCUGAAUAAAGGAAAACACCAGUUUCCAUUUUCAUUUGUUAUUCCACAACAGAUCCCUUCUUCAUUCGAAGGAGCCCACGGUAGCGUUCGUUACACCAUUCGAGCUGUUUAUGAGCGUCGUUUAAAAUGGAACCAUGAAUGCAAGAUCCCAAUCACCGUCAACUCAAUCACGGAUCUCAACGCAAUUCCGGAAGCGAGCGUACCCAUACAAGCGUCUGGUUUCAAAACACUUGGAAUUCUUUGUUGUACAUCGAAUCCAAUCACGGCGAAAUUCUGGCUGGACAGUGCAGGAUACGUUCCAGGAGAGAAAAUGAAGUUUAACGCAGAAGUGGAGAACCUGACCAGGAAGCGAAUGCGUGGUUCAAAGAUUCAGAUAAUAGAGCGCACAAAUUUUCAUACUACGCGGGCUACGGAAUGCCAUGAGCGUGUCAUCCACGAAUCCGUACGAGGAAAAUUUAAAUUCGUUGAGUUGUGGGAAAACCAUCCUAUUAUUGUUCCUCCGGUUGUCUCCUCAGGUUUAAACUUCUGCCGCAUCAUCGAUGUCGCUUAUGUACUUGUGUUUUCUGUAGAUCCCGGGUCGCUUUCGUUCAACUUGAAGGUUUCUCAUGACCUUCUAAUCGGGAACGUUCCGUUGCGUAGCUCCUUUGCUAAUUUUCAGCAUCAUAACAGGAUUUCAGUUACGCAAGGACGGCAUGGAAAUCCUUCGGCCACAGCUAAUCCAGGCCGCAGUAUCCCGGGCACAGAUGCAUACCCAGAUCUUCCUCCGCCAUCUUACGAAGAAUGUAUGUUUGGUGGAAAUAUAAGAGAUGCCGAAGAUUCUGAGCAUGUCAACUAUGGAGCUGGAGAUUCUUAUAAACCUCGUUAUUUGACUUACGGAUAACUAGCUGUUGGUAGCCAAACGUAACCAUUUAAUAAUGCUACUCUAAAUAAAAUAAUUCUUUUAUUUCGUGCUCUAACGAAUGAGUGGGUAAUUCAAAAACGGAAUAAAGCAUUAUAUUGUGUAAAAAUACAUGAUAAAAAACGCCGACCUACUACAAUAGAACUGAUAUAGUUUUA